UAUUCUUGUAGGGGCUGCACACGGGCCUAGCACCUACCACAUCGUCCUAUAGCAAACCAUAUUCACACCUUAGCGUCACAUUCAGUCCUCCAGCUUUCUUUACCUUCUUGUCGCUCCACAAAACCUCGUUGUCUGAUUGUGAACUCUCACCCCGGUGGUCGGGAAAUGUCAAAGAGAGGCCCGUGCUGCAGCAGGGGGGGCGUAAAUAAAAUAUAAACAACAGUUUAUUGCUUUAUUUUCAGAUAAUUUAUUUUCCUUUCUUAUUUAACAAGUGUCAUAUACAAUACUAGCAUCAGAAACCGACGCGUAUCUGACCAGCUCUGACAACAAUUUGCAGUCUUGAUCAUUCUCGUCUCGCAUAACAAUCCUUGCCAAACAUGAGGGAGAAAAUAAUGCUCCUGUUGCUGAUGUCCAUCCAACCUACGAGCUCUUUCUCCACCAUGACACCCAGCAGAGGACUUUGGGAUUGACGCUGGGAUCACUCCCACUGAUGGCCUGGACUGGGUUUCAGCUGUCCUGCUGAGUAAUGGGGAGCUGCUGGAGCUGUCUAUACAGAGACCCCAUACAAGACAACCAUCUCACUAAAUUCAAGGUGACCAAUGUGGAUGAUGAGGGGAAUGAGUUGGGUUCUGGGACCAUGGAGCUCACCCAGACCGAGCUCAUCCUACACACAUGCAAGAGGGACGCCAUCCGGUGGCCCUACCUAUGUCUGCGGCGCUAUGGCUACGACUCCAACCUCUUCUCAUUCGAGAGUGGCCGGCGCUGUCAGACUGGACAGGGGAUCUUUGCGUUUAAAUGUUCUCGUGCGGAGGAGAUUUUCAACCUCCUCCAGGAGCUGAUGCAGUGCAACAGUAUCAAUGUGGUGGAGGAGCCUAUGAUCAUGACCGGCAGUGGACGCGCACGAGAGAUAGACAUGCCUCGAACACCACAGACACCCAACACUCCAUCAUUCCCCGUCCAGGGUUUUCCCAAUGGGUAUCCGGGGUAUCCCAUGAGAGCUGAAUCCUCCCAGCCCUCUCUAACUGACGAUCCCCAUGGCCACAGCCUCAUGGGCCUGGAUGACCAGGUUCACACCUAUAUGAAUACUGUUACUAUGGAUGGGGAACUCUCCAGUCGACACUGUGUACACUCUCUACCUGAGGUGCGGCCCACCUCCUUCAACGAGUCAACCCGAGGAGCCAUGCCUGUCGGGGGCCAAGGAGGUGGGAAGGCCAGCAUGCACUGCUGCCCACUGGAGGAACAACACAAGGAACCCCAGGUAUUUCUCCAGCCCUCCUCUCAGGAGGUCAAAUUCAUGCUGGGACCCACCCCUGCACAGCGCCACCUGCUAGAGAGGGAGAGGCACGGGGGCCACAAUCCCCAUCUCAUGCUGCCUGUAGAGGGCACCACAGGCUCAGAGGCAGAGGGGGACGAGCCUCCUCUGCACUUGUGCAACUCCCACUCCUACCACCACCCUCACUAUCACCAUGUGAUGCACCGGCACCCUGGCCAUGAGCACCAGGAAGGCUGCCAGGGCAGCCAGCUCACCUAUGAGAACAUCAACGGCCUGAGAGGGGGGCGCCGGAUGAGACUUAGCCCCAGCAGCGUGUCCCAGUCUGUGGGCUCCAGCAGCAGCAGUAGCACCACCGGAGACAGUCACACACAAUCACACCCACACCCCCUCCAACCGCACCCCCACGGCCCAUCCUCUCUGCCACCUCAGGGGUACCCCUGUGAGCGGGGCGUAGGGAUGGGCGGAAGUCACCGGCGGACAGCUCUGCUCAACUACGAGAACCUGCCGUCGCUGCCGCCGGUGUGGGAGUACCGCGCCCUGCAUAGAGACGAGGAGCAGGAUGAGGAUGACGAGGAACAGGAUGAGGAGGAGUACGAGGAAGAGGAAGAGGAUUUUGACGAGUACGAGUUUUCAGAGGGUCCUGGGACACCCAACGGGUACCACCAGGACGGGCUGGGGAGGGGGGGGAUCCACCGUGACGCCCUGCAGAACUAUGUCAACACAGAGCAGGCCCAGCCCAGCCGGCUGCGACAUGCCUGCCCCCCUCACCUCCAGACCUGCCACCCCCAGUCGGACCGUGGCGGACGAAUAUUCAGCUUUGAUUUCCGUAGGCGGCCGGGAGGAGGGUUUGGUCGGGGAGAGGGCUGUGAACACGGUCAUAUGACCCCAUCGAGGCAGCUCAACUAUAUCCAGGUGGACCUCAAUGCAGAACUGCCAUGCCAGGCCCUCGGUGGGGGUGGAGGGGAAGUCCAAUCUCAGCACCAGCCACUACAGCCACAGCACCAGCGCCUGCCACCCCUCAAAUGUGGCCCCCAGCAGGCCCCACGGCGCAGUGAGUUCUACGCUGUGAUCGACCUGAAGAAGACAGCAGCCAUGUCCAACUUGCAGAAAGCCCUCCCCCGGGACGAUGGGACGUCGAGAAAGACUCGCCACAACAGCACAAACCUGCCUCUGUAGACGCAGUGAGGAGGAGGAGACAGAGAAAAAUGAAGGGAGGGAGAAGAGGGAGGGAGAAGAGAGAGAAACAGGCUUGGUUGGACAGACUGGUAUAAGUAACUCAGCAGCACACUGGACCCCUCAUUCUCAUCCAGCCAUCCGACUGUCCUUUUCUGUCCUUUUCUGUCCUGUUCUGUCCUGACCUGACCAGUUGGAUCAUAUACAGGUACCUAAUUAGAAAACUAAUUGAAACCUAUCCGUACAUAUUCCACUUGAUGGAGCGAGAUUGGUUUGAAGUUGCAAUAUUAUUAUGGGUCACUUUCUGACUGUGGUGAGAUGCUGUCUGAGUUAGCAGCAGAAACCUUGGUCGUGGUUGGCUGGGUUUAUGGUUAAAGCCUUUAGCUGCCAUUGUUUUUUGGUCCUCAUUCCAUUAUCAUUCAGUGUUGUUGUUUUAUUUAUUUUACGUCCCUGUUUACGAACAUGGACUACUAUCGAGUACAGGUUUACUAGUCCACAUUGUUAAAUUGGCAGAACAUUUUCUGAUAUGAAAAAUAGUUUAUUAUUCCCUCAAUUGUAUUCUAAUAAUGUGCGUUCUUCACCUCACAAGCACUUCGUUUGGCCCAGUGACUGAUAGAAAGGACAGAUGAUGAUAUAUAUUUAUAACUAUCUGCCUUCAGGAAUUAGUACAGAUCAGUACAGUUUGCACAUAAUCCUUUGGAAUUGUAAAAUCGUACAUCCUAUCGAGUAUUAUAUUUUGAGUAUCAAUUUUCUCUCUCCUCAAGAUUAAAUAUACAUUUUUCACGUUGAAAUUGUAUUUAAAAUGGAAAUAAUAGUUGUCCUUCAUAUAAUGAUAGUGUGUUGAUAGACGUUCAGCAUCCUCUACUGCCCCCCUACACACUGAUUAUUGAAUUGACCUCUGACCACAUAUCAUUCCCACUUGAAUAAGGAAUCCAUAUCUAAUUCCUAAACUAUGCUUACCUUUGCACUUUUUACCUUCGUGGUCAGACACUGGCCACUGAUGUCCCCACAGUUCAGAAUCCCUCUGCUCUGGAGUAACAGUAAGGGUGUGUAAGGUUGUGCUUUGACAAACUCCUUAGAGAUGGUGAUGUCAUCACACAGGCCCAAACUAUGUAUGGAUGUUGUUGUUUUUGCAACAUUAUAGAGACCAAUAGCAACUGGAAUUUUUCAGAGCAGAAUUUGAUAAUGGCUUGAUAAUAACCUCACAUAAAAAGUAGGUCUUCUUGUUUACUAUUUUAGUAAGUAUCAGAUUGGUAACUGAGGGUCUGAGGGGAAUAUAUCACUAUGUGUAAUGUUAGCUAUUUAUGGAAAGUCUAUCAGUGAACAUUUGACUGAGGAUAUUGUUUUAUUUAUUCAUUCAUCGAGAUGUCUAUAUUGUGAUUGUUUUGAAAAAAAAUGUGACGACCAGUUUUUCAUAAUCCAGUCAGUUGGUGAUUUGGAGACCAAAGUAUCACCAGUCAUCAGCAGACUGUCUGUGACACCAUUGUAAUACCAUUGUUAUGCCUGUAAUUAAUAACAAUACAUUCUGAAGAAGACUGUAUUAACAUAUUAAAGUGCCAAAUCUUUACUGUUA